GCAGGGCUGCUGCCGCUUUCACUCUGCUCGCAGCUGCCGCGCCGAAAAGGAGGAGCCUGCAGCUGGCAGCUGCCUCCGAGCCACCGCCGCCGCCGCCUGCGCUCCUCGUUCGCUCGCGCCUCCCUUGGCCGGAGUGCCCCCUCGCUGGGCCUGUGGCGGUGGCAGCCCCCGGAGCGGCGAGGCGGCGGCCGCGGCCAGCGACCCCCUAGCCCGGGCCGGGAGGUGCCCGCGGCGCCCCUUGCUCGCCUUCGCCUGGCCUGGGUUCCUCCUCGAUGGCCGCGGGCUGCCGGGACGGCCCGGGGCAGGAAAAGUACCGUCUGGUCGUGGUGGGCGGCGGCGGAGUGGGCAAGUCCGCGCUCACCAUCCAGUUCAUCCAGUCCUACUUUGUUACAGAUUAUGAUCCAACAAUUGAAGAUUCUUACACAAAACAAUGUGUGAUAGAUGAGAGGGCAGCAAGAUUGGAUAUCCUAGAUACAGCAGGCCAAGAGGAGUUUGGAGCUAUGCGGGAACAGUACAUGCGGACAGGAGAAGGCUUUCUGCUUGUUUUCUCAGUCACAGAUAGAGGAAGUUUUGAAGAAAUCUAUAAGUUCCAAAGGCAGAUUCUCCGAGUAAAAGAUCGUGAUGAAUUCCCUAUGAUUCUAGUUGGCAACAAAGCAGACCUGGACCAUCAGAGACAGGUAACGCAAGAGGAAGGUCAACAACUAGCACGGCAACUGAAGGUAACAUAUAUGGAAGCAUCAGCAAAAAUACGACUGAAUGUAGACCAAGCUUUUCAUGAGCUUGUCAGAGUUAUAAGGAAAUUUCAAGAGCAAGAAUGCCCUCCUUCCCCAGAGCCAACAAGGAAGGAAAAGGACAAGAAAGGAUGUCAUUGUGUCAUCUUCUAAGAAUCCUCUGAACCAAGCUGUCAACUGCCAGAUUAAUUCUACCUUUCUGCCUACCUUUCUAUGUGUCUUGGUGUUUUGUCUAGCCUUAUAUGUGCAUGUCGUAUAAAUGGUCACCAAAGUAGCCUUAGGCUAAAAGAACAAGGCUGACCCGGUCUAGAAGACAUCUUAGUCAUCUCAGGGCAGAUGUCAAAACACUAAGGCUUCUUUUAAUACUUCCCGGUUUCUUUCUCCUCUUGUGUCAAGAAGCUUGCACCUUGUGGAGUUUUAUUCACAAAGGAAACAAAACAAUAUUAAACAAGGUAUUGAAGUCAAGCUUAAGCAUUGCUGGUAUGGGUAUUUUUUCCACUUGUGACAUCCGUAUUAAUCACACUUGAGAGGGAAUCCUCUGAUCAAAAUGUAGAGUAUUUUUUUAAAAAGUGGAUUUUGAGGUUUUACCCUUUAAUUAGGUUAGACUUCAAAAUUCAGCUUGCCUUACGGAAGCCAAUACACUGAAUUUCAUUGUCAGUAAAGAUUUUUGUGUGUGUUUCAGCUCUUGUUUAUGCUGCAGCUUUUUCAGUGGUCAACAGUCUACUGUAUUUAUUUUAUGGCUCCAGUAACAGCUACAGGAUUUAUUACUAUUACAACUAUGUGGCCAAAUACCUGUGCUCACUCUGGACUUGGGCAUUUGUUUCAGUUUUAGAAGAUUUUACAUCAUGGUUUGGAAUAAAUUGUGUCUUCCUUUUGUAUUUUCCAGGUAAGGGAUUCAAGAAAACUAAACCUGUAGCUGUUUUUUUCUUCUUUUUGUUUUCAUGUAAGAUAAAAAAUUGAGAUGAAUUUUCUCUUUUCAUUGUCAGAUGAUUAAAUGUUUUUGCUAUAUACUUUUAUACAUUAUUUUCUUAUCAAACUAGUUAACAAGUAUUUUUAUAUGUUUGUAAGCAAAUAUGCUUUCAUGGCAUAAUGUGUAAAUGUAAAGAUGAGUAUUUAAUUCUCACAGUACACUUUUAACUGACAAAAUUAAUGCAAGAUCUGCAGAACUGCGGUAGAACCUCUUUUCUGUUCCAGUUGUAUACACCAGUGGCCGAUUAUGUGCCUGCCCGAUGUAUCUGUUAAACUGUCAUGUUUUUCAAAUUGCCUACCAUACCCUUUACAAAUGACUGACCAUUAUGUGACUAUUAAACUGUACAAACCUUUACAUGACUGUUCAGUUGUGAAUGAUGUUCAACUUUGAAUGGCGCAAAAUGUAUCCAAAUAAUUCAGGCUUAUUCCGUGACAUUAAAUACUGGGUUGUAUUUGCAGUUUUUGUCACCUCACCAAAAGUAUAAAGCAGGUUAUUAAACAUACCCUUGCAUACUGUCAGGUGCUAGAAUUAAAUAGGCUAUAUAGUCAGGACUUUUUUUUCCAGCUGGAGCUCAGUUCCGGCACCUCUAAGAUGGGUGCCAUUGCCAUUCUAAGAGAACAAGGACGAAGUUCAUGGUGAGCUCUGGCACCUCUUUUUCUAGAAAAUGCCACUGGGUAGAGUCAUUUAUAGGAAGAGGAAAAGAAAUCCCACUGUCUAUUUCCAUUUUCUUUUAAGUACUGGAUCAAAGUUUGGGGAGGAUAAGAGACCAGUUUCUGAAACAGAAAAUUACACAUUUUCAGGCUAAAAUAGCUCAAGAGCUGUCUGAUUAAAAGAUGACAACCCAUCCUGGUGUAAAACAGUGCUCUGUUCAGUUGUUGCAAGCAGAUACUUCAUGGCUGUUGAAAUGUAACUUGAAUGUAGAACACUUUUAAAUUGCCCACAAGCAGAGGUUGCAUAAAGGGUUCUUUCCAGUUCACUUGGAGCCUCUGCGACACUCAUAAAUCUUGUGCAGAAAACCUGUAAUCACACCAUCAACUCUUUGGGAAAGAGUAAGGAACUAGAUUUAGCCCCAGCCCCACUCAUUUUUCCUUGGGAGGGGGAAGUAUUUGGUACACAUGCACAUGCCAAUUACAUUGGAAUCUUCUGUUCAGUUUGUUUUAGGAGAAACCCCAUUGUGAAACCAGUCAUCUUUCUGUGGUGGUAGAAUUUUUAAUAGUUGUAUCAACCAGGGUGUUUCUUAACUUUCCACUUACAAGCAGUUUCAAGACACAAGUCCUGAUGAGGAGUCAGCCCUCUUCAUGUGCAGAGUUAAUUAUGUCCUUUGUUCCUCUCCCACCCUUCCAAAAGCACAGAUCACCUUAUCCGGAGCCAGAUAAGUUGGGACCAACUUCACAAGCGCUCUUGGCUAAUGAGCGUUUCACUAUGUUAGUAAAUUGUGGGAGAAUUGGCAAGGUAGUGCAUGUACAAGCAGAGUAGGCUUGGACAUUGUCGUCCCUUAUUUGUCUUGAAUCUUCAUUGAAGAGGAUUAGGAACAGAUCUUAGGCUCAUGUACUCAGUCCUUGAUCUUCCCAGACCUUAUUUGUGGUCCCUUCACUCACCUGUAUUGGUAUUUAUCUCCUAGGGCCAGAAGAUAGCUUUCGUAGUUCCCUUCCAACCACCAGUGGGAGGGGAGUAAUGCAUGAGUCUAAGGCCCAUUUCCCAAAUCUUCCUGAAGAAUCUGAAUCGUCAUUUUUGAGAUUACCUUUUGCUUGCCUGGGUUAUAUGUAAGGGUGUGAAUGUGAAGGGGGGAGAGAACCUCUAAUCUUGUGUGGUUGGAAUGUAGCCAUCAACCACUGGCCUCCAACACCUGAAAGGUUGUUCACUAGAGAAUGCAGGCCUCAGUUGGAAAAGAUUGAUAACUGGAAGAAGCCAAACUCCUUCACCACUUUGGAUCAACAGCUAGGUACGCACUGCCACAAGAUGGCUCUGUUUUGUGUUCCUGGGAUAGGUAAAAAAAAAAAAAGGUCCCCCGAACAGUUGAAUCCAGUCAAAGAUGACUAUGGGGUGCAGCGCUCAUCUCGCUUCAGGCCAAGGGAGUCGGUGUUUGUCCGCAGACAGCUUUCCAGGUCAUGUGGCCAGCAGUGUGAUGCAGCAGCUAAAAAAGCCAAUGCAAUUCUGGGCUGCAUCAAUAGGAGUAUAGCAUCUAGAUCUAGGGAAGUAAUAGUACCACUG